UAAAUUAAAUAGGCAAGAAAUAAUUUCCCUUUUUAAAAUUUUAAACCUCCUUUGACUGUGUUGAAGCUAUGUUGAUCACAAAAAUCUUACAUCAAAAGAAAAAUAAGGAAAUAACUAUGAAAAGCUAGAUUUAUUUUAUUCUUUUAUAGUUGACUACAUGAAGUUUUGUAUACCAUAACUGAAACUUUAAAAUCAUUUUUAACUACUCUUACGAAAACAGCGUGUCCCUCUGGAAGGUCGUCAGUUUAAAUCCAAAGAGAUAACAAAUACCAUUUUGGGACGUAAAUACUGUUGUCCCGUGCUUUGAAAGGGCCAUAAUUAGCAAGGUUGUACAACACAACAACCUGUAAUGUGUUCCAUGUGUGGUAUUUUGAAACCUUUUGUUUUAGUUUCUAACUAGAGGGGAAAAAAAGAGUCCAUUUUAUUCCCUUGGGAUUUGUCUAUACGAUGCAUCAGAUUGAAUUUAGCAAACAGGGAAGUAUUCCUCCUUAUCUAGCGAGUGCUUGUUUAUUCUUCCCUUAUAAAAAGCAAAGGACUAGCAAUUUUCUUUUAUGAACGUGGACUGAAUGCAGAUAAAUAACCCUUGCGGGGAGAGGAAGGUCAAGUUCAAAGUUUUUCUUUCCUUUGGAUUCAGGAAUAAGCAAAUGGAAAGACUAGCCAAACAACCAGGCAGCAGGCAUCUGAUGGUUAAGCCCUCCCCCCAGGACUUUUAUGUACAUAAGCCCAAGUCACUGGAGCAGCUGCGGCGCAUUAGUUCCAAUAGUUUAACAGGCUGCUUUGUGGCGCUGACAAAGCCCUGCUAACGCAGUGGCUUCCCUCCAUAUUCCCCUGCCCUGCGAGCUCGGCAGUGAUCUUUGGCAGGGGACCAGCCCAGGAGGGGUGACGUUUAACAGGCUUCCGCUGAGGAGUGCGCUCUUCUCGUCUACACCCAGCCCCAUCUCCACGGAGAGACUGAGGCAGGCGACCGAAUGAACUAACAGCCCCUGGAUCCGACCUGCUUCUCUGGACAUUUCCCCGGACUCUGAGAGAAGCAGCCACUGGAAAGAGGCCAGGGAACCACGUUGCCCUGGAUUGUUGCCAACUGUACAAAGUUGACCCGGAAAAUGGCUCAGCAGACGACAAGCCCGGACACCUUAACAGUACCUGAAGUGGAUAAUCCGCAUUGUCCAAACCCCUGGCUGAAUGAGGAUCUUGUGAAAUCCUUGCGGGAAAACCUGUUGCAGCAGGAGAAGUCCAAGCCAGCAAGGAAAUCGGUCUCUCCCAAGCUCUCUCCAGUGAUUUCUCCAAGAAAUUCCCCCAGGCUCCUGCGGAGGAUGCUUCUCAGCAGCAACAUCCCUAAACAGCGGCGUUUCACGGUGGCACAUACGUGUUUUGAUGUGGACAAUGGCACAUCUGCGGGACGGAGUCCCUUGGAUCCCAUGACCAGCCCAGGAUCUGGGCUAAUUCUCCAAGCAAACUUUGUCCACAGUCAACGUCGAGAGUCCUUUCUGUAUCGAUCCGAUAGCGAUUAUGACCUGUCUCCAAAGUCUAUGUCCCGGAACUCCUCCAUUGCCAGUGAUAUACAUGGAGAUGACUUGAUUGUGACUCCAUUUGCUCAGGUCUUGGCCAGCCUGCGAACUGUGCGAAACAACUUUGCUGCGUUAACUAAUUUGCAAGAUCGAGCACCUAGCAAAAGAUCACCCAUGUGCAACCAACCAUCCAUCAACAAAGCCACCAUAACAGAGAGAUGGAAGUUGUGUCGAUACAAUACCAAACAUCUGGAAGAAAAGAAGCCCAGCCAAAGCUUGUUAAAAAGAGAUUCAUAAGCAAAGUAUGCUUUUGAAUUACAAAAACAGAUUCAUGGCCAACAUCUUGAAGAACUCUCACAUGUAUGUUUAUGUUUCAAACAUGGCGUAGAGAUCAUUCAGAUUAAAAUUCAAUUAAGUGUGCUCUGUUGUCUUUGCCAUCAACUUCAAUUAAACCAGACUCGCUUGGCAGUUUUGAAGAGAAAAGUCUUCCGUUCUUUCCCCUGCUAACAGUUUGCAGUUUGAACUUUGGGUUCUUCCCCAAUAAGUGUAUGUUAUUUAGGGAGACUUUUCACAUUAAACCUCUGAAUUAUCCACCAGGUGAUCUUCAUCAGCACUGAUAUAGUUGAUUGAAGGGUAAAAGUUUCCAAAUAAUUAAUCGUUUUUUGAUCUCUUUAGGCUUUGUGAAAUUUUUGUAAACUUCCAGGAAGCCACGAGUGCUCAGGCUUUUGUUUUUUUGGGUUUGGGUUGUUGUUGUUGUUGUUGUUGUUUUAGUAGACUUUAUUUUUUAGAGCAGUUUUAGUUUGACAGCAGAAUUGAGCAGAAAGUAGAGAUUUCUCAUAUACUCCCGACCUGGACACAUGCACAGCCUCCCCAAGUAUCAACAUUCCCCAUUUUUUUUACAAUUGAUGAACCUACGUCGACCUAUCAUUAUCACCCCAAAUCUGUAGUUUAUACUGGGUCUCCCUCUUGAGAGUGAGACAGUAUUUUCAUUGCCCUAAAAAUCCUCUGUGCUCCACAUAUUUAUUUAUUAUCCCUCACCCCCUCGGCAACCGGUGAUCUCUUUACCAUCUCCAAAGUUUUGCCUCCUCCAGAAUGUCAUAGAGUUGGAAUCAUACAGUAUGUAGCCCUUUCAGAUUGGCUUCUUUCAUUUAGUAAUGUGCAUUUUAUGUUCCUCUAUGUCUUUUCAUGCUCGAUAGCUCAUUUCUUUUUAGCGAUGAAUAAUAUUCCAUUGUCUGGAUGUACCACAGUUUAUUUAUCCAUUCACCUACUGAAGGACAGCUUAGUGCUUCCAAGUUUUGGCAAUUAUGAAUAAGGCUGCUCUAAAUAUGCACUUGGAGGUUUUCGUGUGGAUGUACAUUUUCACCUCUUUUGGGUAAAUUUCAAGUAGUCCAGUUGCCGACUCGUUUGGUAAGAGUAUGUUUAGUUUGGUAGGAACUUGCCACGCUGUCCUCCAAAGUGCCUGAACCAUUUACACCAGCAAUGAAUGAGAGUUACUCUCAGUGUUGCAGAUUUGGGCCAUUAUAUUAGGUGUGGAGUGGGAUCUCCUUGUUUUAAUUGGCAUUUUUCUGAGGACAUAUGUGAAGAAUCUUUUCAUGUGCUUAUUUGCAGUCUAUGUAUCUUAUUUGGCCAGGUGUCUCUUAAGGAAUUGGCUCAUUUUUAAUCUAGUUGCUUAUUUUCUUAUUGUUGGGUUUUAAGAUUUUUUUCGUAUAUUUUGAGUAACCGGUUGUCCUUGAUCAGAUAUAUCAUUGCAAAUAUUUUCUCCCAGUCUAUGGAUUGUCUUCUCAUUUUUGUGGCCAUUAUCUUUCACAGAACAGAGAUUUUCAGUUUUAAUGAAGUCUAGCUUAUCAACUAUUUGUCUCAUGGAUUAUAUGCAUCUGGUGUUGUAUCUAAAAAGUCAUGAGCAAACAAAGUCAUCUAGAUUUUCACUAUGUUAUAAUCUAGGAGUUUUGUCAUUUUGUGUUUUACAUUUAGGUCCGUGAUCCAUUUUGAGUUAACUUUUGUGAAGAGUGUAGUGUCUGUGUCUAGAUCUCCCCCUUCUUUUUUUUUUUGCAUGUGGAUGUCCAGUUGUUCUAGCACCAUUUGUCGAAAUAUCUUUUUUCCAUUUUAUUGCCUUUGCUUCUUUGGGAGAGAUCAGUUGACUACAUUUAUAUGGGUCUAUUUGGGGGCUCUCUAUUCUAUUCCAUUGACUGAUUUGUCUCUUCUUUCUCCAAUACCACACUGCCUUGAGUACUAUAGUUUAUGGUGUCUUCAUAAAUUUUUAAAUUGUGAAAUACAACAAACACUUAGAAAAGUAUGUAAAAUGUGAGUGUUCAGUUUAACAUAGUUCUAAAAUAAAUACCUAUUUUAAUCAUCCUUCAGAAGCACUCUAUUUUUUUCCAUUUCUGCCUCUCCAAAGGGAUAACCACUAUCCUAACCUUUCUUUCUCUUCCUGCUUUUCUUUGUGAUAUGGUUUACCACCUAUGUAUGCAUCUCAAAACAAUGGAGUUCAGCUUAGUUUGUUUUUUUAUUUUAUGUAAAUGGACCAAUCUCAUGGAUACUUUUAUGAUUUCCUUCUUUUACACAAUAUCAUACUUGUACAAUACAUCAGUGUUGCAUAUAGCUGAGGAUUAUACAUUUUCAUGACUAUAUAGUGUUCUAUUGUAUAAAGGAACAACAACUUAUUUGUGCUAUCUUCUCUUCUUAUGAAGUUGAGCAGUUUCUAGAUUGGGAAUAUUAUGAGUAAGGAUAUUAUGAACAUUUGUUGGUGCAAAUAGCAUGCAAUUCUGUAGGGGAAUAUACCAAAGAAUGGAAUCUUGGGUAAUGUGUAUCUUUAACUUUACUAGAUAAAAGGCAAGUGUUUGAUGAAGUGUAUGAAAAGUGUCUGAGGAUUCCUGUCACUCCACAUCCCAGUCAGAAACACAUGAUAUUGUCAAACUUUCUAGUCUUUUUCCAAAUAUGGAGAUUCUAUAAUAGGAUCAUUGCAUUUUCAUUGAGUAGUAGUGAGGGUGAGCAUUCCUUCAUAAGUUUAGUAGAUAUUUGAAUUUUCUUUUUUGUUGUGAUUAUACUUCUUCAUAAAAAGUAUUUCCCAAAGGAAUUUUUGAGUCCCUUUUAGGGAGCCAAAGGCCACAUAAGUUAAAAUAUUUGCUACAACAUGUCAGUGAGAAAGGGUGAUAAUACCCUGGAGCAGUCAGUGAAGUACCCUUCUGAGAAUCUGUAGAAUAUAGAGUACAAAUAUUAGUUUGGAUUCAAUGUUGUUGUUUUCUUUUUUUUUUUUUAAACAUUUUAUUUAUUAAUUUGACAGAGAGAGACAGAGCGAGAGAGGGAACACAAGCAGGGGGAGUGGGAGAGGGAGAAGCAGGCUUCCUGCCGAGCAGGAGCCCAAUGCGGGGCCCAGUCCUAGGACCCUGGGAUCAUGACCUGAGCUGAAGGCAGACGCUUAAUGACUGAGCCACCCAGGCACCCCAAUGUUGUUGUUUUCUAUCCUCAAACUUUUUGCAUCGCUACCCGGUGUUUUUAUAAUUUGGGACUGCCUUUGUUUGUUUUUUUUUUCCUUCUUGUUGCUCUCAUGUAUGAAAGAAUUAAUGACCAUGCUUCUCAUGCCAGUAUGUCUGUGUAUGUUUUACCUUGUAAAGAGUUGAAAGAUUUUAUAGACACUGUCUUACCAAUCUUCAGAACUUCCCUUGGAGAUGGAGACAAGGCAAGUGCAUCAAUACGCUCCUUAUUACUGGAGGAGACACAUCUACCCAGAGGAAGGUGGCCACUUCUUUAUUGACCUGGAACCAAAUGGGCACAAAACUCAGCCUUUCUAACUCCUUGGUUAAUACCAAGUGCACUAGACAUGGUAUCAAUUGUUCUAUGCAUAAAACAUGAGGAGUGUUCAUCCCCUGAUUGCUAAUACUAACCAGCUAGGGCAUAAUUUUUUUGAAAGAGAUGAUGAAACUGCAUGUGCUUUUCACAGAUGGUUCUGAUAAUUUUUAACAAUUUGACUGUAUUUUUUAAAAUAAUUUUACUCCUUCCUGAGACCCCUUUAACGCUGCUUAUCUUAGAAGUAAUUGUUAAUGCUCUGAAACUAAUCAAGAAAAUAGUUUAUACUACUCUCUAAAGAGCCAGGCUUCAUACCUUGUUACUUUCCACUCUCCUUCCCUCUAAUCUCUCCCUUAGGUUUAGCAAUAAAAUGUGCAGCUUAACACGGUUAGAAGGAGUCUGAACAUUCAGUGCCUGUGUCUCACCUUGUCUCUGCCUUCACAAAGACUUUCUGGAAGACUCUCAGGCUCUUAAACAAAAUUUUAAUGUAAAAAAAAUUCUUGAAUUUAUAACACUUUUCAGUUUAGAAAAGACUAUAUAAAGUUACUCCUCCUCACAGGCUGUAAAGGGUACAAAGACAAUGAAACUCAGAAGAUAAAAUGAAAUGACAUCCUUAAAUUCACUCCGCUAUUGUAUUGUGAGUUCAAGAUUUGAAGCCUGGUUUUGUAACAACCAGUCCAGUGCUCCUUUUAUAGGCAGUAUAAAUCACUUGUAAAAAGUGAAGACUGCCCGUGUGUGAAUUCCAGCUCCACACUAAGUAGCCAAGUUACCUUGGGCAAGUUACUGAGGCUGUCUAUGCUUCAGUUUCCCUAGCAGUGAAAUAGAUAUAAUAAGAGUUGUUGUAAAGCUUCACUGUAUUAAUACAUGUAAAACUGCUUAAAGCUGAGCUUUUCCAAUAUAAAUGCUCAAUAAAUGUUAGCUCUGUUAUCUUCCCUUGUUAUCUAGUAUUAAAGAGCAAUAACAUGUUUACCCAGAAAAAAUAAGAGAGAGAGUCACCAGAACUAAAAGUAAUUUUUGUACCUAUCAGCCUAGGUCAAUUGCUUUGUUUUCUUAACCUGUAAAUAUAGAAAUAAAUAUUGUAAAACUAAUAUAUAAUGUUGACUAAAAUUCAAAAGAAAUUAGUCCAUUUAUCUUGAUGAAAUCAGUAUCACCCUCAGAGAUUGGCUGAUGACCGGGAAUCCCAUACAACAUUCUCUUUCUUUCCUGAACUCAUAAUUCCACCUGCCAGCCAACUUAGCACAUUUAUGCCAGAAAAACCUAUAAAUUGCCUCAACUGCUUUGAAGUGCAGCACUUGGGGUUUCCACAGAAUAGGGUCCUCUGGUAGAACUAUGCAUUAAUAGGCAUCCCCUAAAAGCAAAAUAAGGCUAUUCCAGAAACACAUAUUGAACUUCUACAGUAGUCCAAGAACUAUGAGGAGCAGAGAAAUUAUUAUGAUGAGUCCCUACUAUUCUUCUGAAGAAAAGACUAAUACAACUAAAUGAUUAGAGAAAAAAAAAUUUGAGAUGAUACAGUACAAUAAUAAAGUGCUCUGUAGGAGCCAGGGCUAUGUCUUAUUCGUCUUUAUAUUCUCCAAAACUAGCAGAUAAUGGACUAGUGAAUGCAUAAAUGAAUGAAUGAAUGAAUGAAUGAAUUGCGAUUAAAAAAAGAAAGAUAAAUAUAGAUGAAAGGUCACUGAUCUAUUUAACAAAGAUGUAUCCAGUGCCUCAUAAUUGUGGUAGGCUUGGAGACUGGAAAGUGGAUUAAGACAGUCCCAGAUUUCAAGGACCCAGCAGCCAAGAGCACUAAAUGGAAAGAUAAAUGGUCAAUUACAUCAUGGCAUGCCAUAGGUGCACAUAUACCAUUCCAAGACUGAAAAAGGGAAAAGAAGAAAAUCAGAGAUUUUCUCCCAGAGAUGAAAAUCACUGAGCUAGGCUUUGAGGAUGAGAAAUGAGCUAGACCAGGACAGAUGUAUUGUGGUUGGAUGUCAAUAAUCCAAGCAAAUACUGCAUGUAAAAGACACCAGCGAGCCCCAAACAGGUUGCAGUAUGUGGCGCAAUGGAUGAUGGGGAAAGGUGAAAAGAUGAUUAAAGAGAAGCAACCUAUCAUGACUUCCUAAGUCUUGAAAGUCAUGCCAAGGAGCUUGUAUAUUUUUUUUCUUUAAGCAUUGGGGUGACUUUAUUCAAAAGGAGAAAUGUUAUGACACGAUUUAGAGUUGUAUGCUUAAAGGAGUCUUUGUAAUAUCUUUUUAAUUUUGUGUUUUCAUUUUCAAUGUAUUUUUAUUUUAAUUCCAGUAUCAUUAACGUACAAUACAAUACAAGACAAUAUAGUGAUUCAACAGUUCUGUACAUUAGUCAGUGCUCAGCAUGAUGAGAGAACUCUUAAUCCCCAACACCUGUUUCAUCCAUCUCCGCAACCACCUGCCCUCUGGUCACCAUCGGUUGAUACUCUAUAGUUAGGAGUCUGUUUCUUGGUUUGUCCCUUCUUUGUUUUGUUUCUUAAAUUCCACGUAUGAGUGAAAUCAUAUGGUAUUUGUCUUUUUCUGACUGACUUAUUUCAUUUAGUAUUAUAUUCUCUAGAUCUAUCCAUGUUGUUACAAAUGGCAAGAUUUCCUUUUUUAUGGCUGGGUAAUAUUUCAUUGUAUAUAUAUGCAUCUUCUUUAUCCAUUCAUCUAUCGAUAGACACUUUCACAAUUUGGCUAUUGUCAAUCAUGCUGUGAUAAACAUAGGGGUGCAUAUAUCUUUUCAAAUUAGUGUGUUCAUAAUCUCUGGGUAAAUACCUAGUAGUAGAAUUACUGGGUCAUAUGGUAGUUCUAUUUUUAACUUUUAGAGAGACCUCCAUCCUGUCUUCCCACAGUGGCUGCACCAGUUUGCAUUCCCACCAACAGUGUAAGAGGGUUCCUUUGUCUCCACACCCUUGCCAACACUUCUUUCUUGUGUUGUUGAUUUUAACCAUUCUGACAAGUGUGAGGUGAUAUUUCAUUGUGGUUUUGAUUUGCAUUUCCCAAUGAUGAGUGAUGUUGAGCAUCUUUUCAUGUGUGUUUUGGCCAUCUGUCUUCUCUGGAGAGAGGUUUGUUUAUGUCUUCUGCCCACUUUUAAUUGCAUUAUUUGCUUUUUUGUGUGUUGAGAUGUGCAAUUUCUUUAUAUAUUUUGGAUGCUAACCCUUUAUCAGAUAUGUCACUUGCAAAUAAAUAUCUUCCGCGUUCAGUAGGUUGUCUUUUGGUUUUGUUGAUUCUUUCCUUCAUUGUGCAGAAGCUUUUUAUUUUGAUGUAGUCCCAAUAGUUUAUUUUUGCUUUUGUUUCCCUUACCUCGGGAGACAUAUCUAGAAAAAUGUUGCUAUGACCUGUGUCAGAGAAAUUGUUGCCUGUACUCUCUUCUCAGAUUUUUUUGGUUUCAGGUCUCACAUUUAUGUCUUUAAUUCAUUUUGAGUUUAUUUUUGUGUAUCAUAUAAUAAAGUGGUCCAGUUUUAUUCUUUUGCAUGUAGCUGUCUAGUUUUCCCAACACCAUUUGUUGAACAGAUUGUCUUUUUCCCGUUGCAUAUUCUUGCCUCCUUUGUCAAAGGUUAAUUGACCAUAUAAUUGUGGGUUUAUUUCUGGACUCUGUUCUGUUCUAUUGAUCUAUGUAUGUGUCUGUAUUUGUGCCAUUACCAUAGUGUUUUGAUGACUACAGCUUUGUAGUGUAGUGGCCUUAGCUUUGUAGUGUAUUUUGAAAUCUGGGAUUUCAAAAAUUUCAAAAAUACCUGUGUUUUUCUUCUUCUUUUUAAGGUUGCUUUGUAUAUUCAGAGUCAUUUGUGGUUCCAUACAAAUUUUAGGAUUAUUUGUUCUAGUUCUCUGAAAAAUCCUAUUGGUAUUUUGAUAGAGAUUGCAUUAAAUAUGUAGAUUGCUUUAUAUAGUAUGGACAUUUUAACAAUAUUUGUUCUUCCAAUCUGUGAUCAUGGAAUAUCUUUCCAUUUGUGUUGUCUUCAAUAUCUUUCAUUAAUGUUUUAUAAUUUUCAGGUAGAAGUUUCAUUUUUAAUAUACUUCUUUAAAAAAUCAAAUGCCACCAUUUUCAGGAUCAUGUGCCUGAAUUUUUCCUUUGUAUUUACUAAUGUGCAUUAAUUAUUGCAUUAACCAUACAUAGUCACCUGAUGAAAAGUACAUAGCUUUUUGCUGCAAAGUUUGUCAUAUGGAAACUGUAUGCCUAUGAGAGUUGUGGAAGUGUCUUAGGAAAUCUGCGACCUCUCAAAUUUGAGAAAUGCUGAUGCAGAGAUUAAAUUGGAAUGAAUAGAGGAAAAACAGGAACCAACUCAGAGCCUACUACCAUAAUCACAUGAGAAAUAAAGGGGGCUUGAACUAAGGGAAUGCAGAAGAGAGGGGAAAAACUUAGUAGUUAUUUACAGAGUAAAGUGGACAGAAUGUGGUGACAUCCAGGAGAUACGAGAGGGAAGAGUCAAGGAUCAUACUCGGAUUUCUGGCUUCAGUAGCUGAGUGAAUGUUGGUGACAUCUCAGUAAGACAGUAAAAAUAGCAAACAAAUAAAUACUAGUGUUGCAAAUAUGGAGUUUGAGGUGUCUGAACAUUCAGGUGGAGAUCUGUGGAAUGCAGAAGAGCAAUCUAAGCUGGCAUUUUCAGAACAUAACUAGGUAGAUAGUGCUGUUUUGGGGAGAAAUGUACUCACAGCGGCAUUGAGUAGGGUGAGAAAAGAAACAUGUAGAGAAAGAAGAAUCCAACAAAGAGAUUGAAAAAGAGUGACUGAGACGUAGGCAGAGGAACCGGAGAGUGUUCUCAAAUCCAAGAGAGGAGGGAAUUCCAGGAAGGGCUGGAAUUGUUGAAAAACUUCAUGGAGAAGUUUUUAAUGGAACUGGGUGUGGAAAUACAAGGGCAACUGGUAGGGCAGGAAAGAAGAGGUAUGGGUUCUGGGUCGGGAAGUAUUAUAAGCAAAGUCUCACAGAGAGGUAUGUAAAAUUCAUACCAGAGAGUUGGCUAGAAUAGACAAUACAGCAUUGGGCUGAGAGCCAGGCUCUGAUACCAGACUCCUUAGAUUGAAAUCCCAGCUCCACACUCUUAGUUACAUGAUCCUCAGCAAGUUCUGUCACCUUCCAAGUCUCAGUUUUCUCAUGCGUAAAAUGGGGGCAAUAAUAGUAAUUUACCACUAAAUUGUUUAUUUUUUUACUCUGCUGUAUAGACUUCUUGGAAAUCUCAGGAUGAUUUUACAUACACAACAUGGUGUUUAGCUAUUUCUGAAUAUUUUGUUAUUUGCCCCUCUACCAUCCCAACCUUCAUUUAGAAUUUUACAUUUAUGGGUAUUUUCCUUUAACAAGCAGCGGUUUUAAACAGUUUAUAUAGCCUGUAUGCAAGUAUUUUUAAAAUAUAAAUAUACUUUAUAAGUCCUCAGCAAGACUUUUCCCACACCGAUGUAUAUAUACCUAUAUUUUAUGUUAGUCCUUUGUGGAUUUGCAUUACAUGUUUAAAUCAUUAAUAAUUAUGGAAUAAAUUUUAUGGUAAGUUAGGACACUAAUAUUCUUUACCUAGGAUUCCUAAAUUUAAAAGACACUAUUUAUUAAAUAAUCCAGUUUUGUCAUUGGCUUGAGACCUUACUUCUAUAUUUUACUAAAUUUAAUAAUGUUUGGCUCUGUUUUUUAACCUUUAGAGCCUAUUCCUAUACCAAAAAUGCCAUGCUAUAAUUAUUAUGGAUUAAAAAAUACAGUUUAGUAUGUGAGAGAACAUGCACCCUCUUAACAAAUCUUAUUUUUCAGAAUUCUCUCAGUUACCCUCAUUUGAUUUUGCUAAUUCAUAAAUAUUAAUUUUUAAAUUAUAAAAAAUUAAUUUCAUAAUCUAUUUGUGAAGUCCUCCCAAGAAAUCCCAUUAGGUUUGUGAUUGAAAUUGCAUUAGAUUGCUAAUUAAUCCAUUUAUAAGUACUACACAAAUACUUAUGAAACCCCUGCCAACCGUCUAAGAAACUCCUGGUUCUUAAACUAUAAAUAUUCACAGUCAAGAAAGGGUCACCAAACAUUUGAAGAAAACCAAUAGCAUGAAUGAAAAGAAACUAAUGAAUGAACAAAACAAAUGCAUUUUUCUGAAGAAAAUUUGUCUUCUGUUUCCAGAAGAAACAGAGAAAAGAAAAAGUAUAGAAAAAAAAUUUAAAAUAUUAAAUUUUUGGAGAGAUUAAAGAGAUUAUGUUUGUUAAGUAUGAUUAAGUUUUUGUGAAAUAGGAGCAGGAUGCUAAAAAAAAAAAAAUAGGAAGAUUGGAUGAACUACUGAACAUGCUUGAAUACUGAAUUAAUCAAGCAAAUCUUCCAGAAAGUGGAGCAAAAAGUCAAGAAUAUAAAAUAUAAUGGAAAAAAGAAAUAAUCAAGAGUGUAGCAGAGUGACAAGGGGCAGGGGGAAAAUAACUGGGGGGAAAAAUCUUGACCUGAAGAGUGAUUAAAGUCUUCAGAUUGAAAAGGGUUAUCCAUUGCCCAAAAGAGGGAAAAAAACAAUGCAUACCAAGACACAUGAUGAAAUUUCCAAAUUCCAAGGAUAAGAAAUUGAUCCUAAAAGCUUCUAGAGAACAAAAAAGGAUCUUUCAAAGUUAUCAGACUUCUCAUCAGCAAAGCUGGAAGCUGGGACAGAUGAGGCAAUGUUUCAAAGUUUUGAGAAGGAUUAAUUAGAACCCAGAAUUGAUAGCCAAUCUAUGGAGUGUUAGGACAAACUGAAGACAUGGUUAAAUAUACAUAAGGGCUCAAGUUUAUGUUUACCUCCUACACAUCCUUCCUAAUUAAAAAACAUUUUCUGAAGAUGUAUUUCAGCAAAACAAAACAACAAGGAUCCUAUACAGAAGAUAACCCAGGAUACAAAGAGCACUGGACCUAGCUCAGGUGUCUUAUGAAAAUAAAUUCCAGGAUGACAGCAGUAUAGAAAGCAGGGCACCUAAAUUAAAGAGUCGUCACAGGGUUCCAAGAAGAAUAUCUUCAAGAAGAAAGUAGAUAUCAUAAAUCAAAUUGCAUAUUUAAGAAACGUUUAACCUUUUAGGUCCAAACAAAGUACAUUGAAGUUAUAAAUUAAUCUGUCCUUAUGAUACUGAGUCUUCCCACCCAGGAAAUUAGAUGUUUUUACAUAUUUUUUAGUUUUGUAAAAUGUCCUUCAGUGAAGUUUUACAGUAUUAUUUAUAUAAGACUUUUACAUUUUUUACUAAGUUUAUUUCUAGGUAUUUUAUGUUUUGUGUCUUAUAAAUGGGAUACUUUCUCCAUUUUCUAAGUGACUAUUACUGUUAUAUGGAAAGCCUAUUGUGUAUAUGUAUUUUAUAGCAUUCUACCUUUCUUAUAAACCAUACUGUCCUGCCUUUCUUACACAUUUUAGUUGAUUCUCCUAAACUGUAGUUAUAGAAUUGUCAUCCAAAAAUAUAAUUUUGCCCCCUCCUUUCAAACACUUGAACCUCAUAUUUGGUUUUCUUACUUGAUUGCUUAGGCUAAAAUUUCCUGAGCAGCAUGAAAUACUGGACACAAGUGAGCAGACUUGUUUUGUUUCUGACUUGCUUCAAUGUUAAUUGUAGAUGUUGCAUGAAAGCUAUUUACUAGCAUGAUAAGGAACGUUCUUCUAUUCUUACUGUACUAGUAGUCCUAUUUUACUAUCAGUUCUUUAAUAACUGUGAUGGGCUGCCUGAUGGACAUUGUUGAAUGCUAGGAAAAAUAUUGUGGAUUCAAUUUUGUCCUGUAGGGGACCAUUAUAGAAUAAAUAUGAUUUUGAGAAAAAUAUAUAGACAACUGUUUAGUAAUUCAGCCAUCUGGUGGUAUUUGUGUAAUCAUGGGGACAAAGGGAGAGGAAAUACAUUCAGGAGGAACAACUUAAGAGAAGGGUCAGAAAGCAAAUCCACUUUCCUUAUCUGAUUUCUUCUUGCCCAUAAGAUGCAGAAUAUUUGAUAGCAAAGGAGUUUAACAUCCAUAUUGAUAUUGAGUGGAUUUUAUACGUAACUGCUAAAAACAAACCUGUUUGUGGUAGGGGGUGAGGCAAAAUAGGUGAAGGACAAACUUCCAGUUAUAAAAUAAAUGUUAUGCGGAUGUAAGGUACCACAUAGGAAAUAUGGCCAAUAAUAUUGUAAAACUUUGUAUGGUGACAGAUGGUAAAUAAACUUGUUGUAGGGAUCAUUUUAUAAUGUAUAUGAAUAACUGUGAUGUACACCUGAAGCUAGGAGAAUAUUAUAUGUCAAUUACACUUCAAUUAAAAUGCUGCUUAUUAUAUACACUUUUUGAGUAGCAGGAAGUUAUUACUCCUUAGAGAUAGGAUGGCAUUCAACUUUCUCUUCUGAAACAGUGAACACCAGUAAUUGAUACUGUAGUCACUCUUGUCAACAAUUUUGUGGUUUCUGUAAAAUAUUGCUUAAAUAAUACUUGGCUCCCACACCAUCCAUUUUUAUGAUUUUUUAAGCUUUUUCAAAUAAAAAAAUUUUCCUGUCACGGAUGGCUUGGCAUCAUUAAAAGCAUGACUCCUCCUUGGAGAUAUUAAGUAAGACAUUAUGCUUUUUCCUCAUUGUUCUAUGAACAACAAAUUUCCAAACAAAAUAAUCCACAAUUUGAGUAUGAAUGUUUACUUGAAGUUAAUCUACUCUCCCUAUUUUAUUAAAACUAUCUAACAUAUGGGGUUCCUGGGUGGCUCAGUCAGUUAAGCGGCUGCCUUCAGCUCAAAUCAUGAUCUCACGGUCUCAGGGUCCUGGGAUAGGCAUGCUUCUCCCUCUCUCUCUGCCCUCCACCCCCCUUUCGUGCACCCCCGCGCGUGCUCUCUCUUUCUCUCAAAUAAAUAAAAUCUUUUUUAAAAAAGUAUCUAACAUAAACUUCUUGGGAUGUUGAUGAAAACUUUUGUUAUUCUCCUUCACAAUGACUGAUAGUAUCACACGAUGGUUUUAGUUUUAAGAUUUUAUCUAAUUAUAUUUGGGGUAAGAUUAUAUAUUUAUGUACUAAUUCCUUCAUAGUAAUAAUAGUACAGAUCUUGAAUUAUAAUGAGUUUCAUGAUUGUAUUAUAAGAUUAAAUAGAAUAUUGGGAGAUCUUCACAUUUCCUAUUUGCGCUUCUGACUCCCAUGCCUGUCAAGAUUGGUACAGAUUCAAGUUUGUUUUUAAUAAACUUCAAAGAAGAUCAAAACCAAGGAUCAUCUGUAUCAUCACACGAUAGCUGUUUGGGGCCUGUGUUUUGCCCUGCAGACACUUCCUAAAGAGAAAGCCACAUUUUUCAGCGGAGUACUCACUUCCACAGGUUUGUUGUUGUUGUUGUUGUUGUUGUUUUACAACUUUUCAGUAGUGAGUGGCAAGAAACACUAUGAAAAUGUUGCUACAUGGAGAGAGACGCUCCUUCACCAUCUGGUGAGCAUUCUGGAGAAUGGAGACAAAUGCCACACAAUACAGCAGUGAAGUCAUUUUGCAGGAAGUUUGGCUGUGGGAUUAAUUUGAGAACUCUGAGAGUAGCAUAUUGUGGUGGUCCGUUCAGCACAAUUCUUUGUGGUGUUUAGUAAAUUACAGACUGUUUAUAUUGGAAGGGGCUAGAGAGAUCAGUGUAAGGAUGAGGAACCUGAGGCCCACAGAGCUCCAGUGGCAUGUCCCUAGCAUUUAUUUGAGCCACCUAUCAGAAUCCACAUUCUACAAUGUGCAACUGCUGUGUAUUAUAGAAUUCACAGUGACACAUUCUGAGGUCAUGCAGGAAAUGGACCAGAGUGAAAUACUAAGAAUUAGGUCAGUAGUUUAAGACAGUGCAGGCCCCCAGGCAAUCUUCAGCUUCCCUGACCCGACUGGGAUUGGGAACAUGGAAAACAUGUGUGUGUGUGUGUGUGUGUGUGUGUGUGAUUGUAGCAUCAUUGUUCUGUGCUCCAUGUUUUCAGCUGGUCUUUAAGCCGUACAACUAGAAAACCACAGCCUAUUUACCCUGUUAUUCCUAAUACUAUUUCUUAGUAAGAAUUAAUUUUUUUUAUAUUUCAAAAUUGUUAGGGUAUCAGGCCAAUGAAAUGAGACCCAAUGAUGCUUUAAAAAUUUAGUGUGUACAUACAUAUAUAGAAAUGUAUUGGGAAAAAAUAUUAAAAUUUUUGUAGUGAUGAACAUGGAGUUGUAGAAUUACAUGUGCUUUUUCUUCAUUAUUUCUUCUACUUUCCCUGUAUUUCCUAAGAUUCCUACCAUGAGAUUUUUUUUAAAUGUAUAUAGUUUUAUUACAUAAGUAAUAGAUAAGUAUUUUCAUGUCACAAAAUACUCUCAAAAUAUUACAGACUAUGAAAAAAAUUACAUAAUAUGAGAAAGUCCCUCUUCGUGCUCCUUUUUAGCAUUGCUCUCCUUUAGGUUUGCUCAUCCACUUAGCAAUGGAAACAAUUCAAUAUAUAUCCUUCCAGAAUUUUUAACUGAAUAUUCAUAUAUUGGAAUUGUGGGAAUUAUUUUUUAUUGGACGUGCAUACUACACAUGUUAUUAUGUGACUGCCUUUUGUAUUUAAUAUAUUUUGGGGGGUGUCUGGCUGACUCAGUCGAUAGAGCAUGCGACUCUUGAUCUCGGGUUUUUAGGUUCAAGUCCCGCACUGGGUGUAGAGGUUACUUAAAAAAUUAAAGUCUUUAGAAAAUAAUAAUAAAAAAAUACAUUUGGGAUGUUAUUUCAUUUCAGUACAUAUAUGUCUAUACCAGUGUUUGUAUUUUAUUUUAUUUUAUUUUAUUUUAUUUUUAUACCAUUGUUUUUAAAUUGCAGCAUAGGAUAUAUGUCAAAUUUCUCAUUUAAUUGUUUCCUAUAGAUGGACAGUUUUUAAAAUUACAAACAACUCUGCAAUGAACAUUGUUGUACAUGCUUGUUUAUGUGCUCUAUUGAUUUUUCAAUCAGUGAACUAAUUAUAAAGAUAGAAAGAAAGGCAAUAAGUGGGGAGAUGGACAUAAGAGGAGGCUAAAGGAGAUAGAAUCAGAUGUUUCUGGAAGACAGAAUAUUCAUCCUCUGUGUCUCAUCAGACUCCACAAAAGAUUCAGAUGCUCACCCAAGUAAUAACAAUUCCACUGAAGAAUGGAUAUUUGGGAGAAUUCAGGGGCUCCUCAGAAGUUUGGGUAAAACCCCACGUUGCUGAGAUGAUUUUUGCCUUUGUUGUUCUUGUUCAAGAAAGAGCUACUCCUCUGAUCUACAGCCAGAAGGUUGCUGUCUUGGGGUGAGGAAGGGACGGCGCAGGUGUCUGGUGGGUGGGGAGGACAGAGUCUUGGCUAGUCCUAGUCCUAAGAGUCCUGUCCUGUCCUAUACCUGCAGCAGCCUCCCAUAGCAGCUGACUGAUCACUUCUGCAUGAUAGCCUUCAGGUGUGUUUGAGAAAAAAUGUUGAGGACUCUUGCCAAAUCUUGAAGAUCAGCUGUCAGUCUUAUGCAUGUAUGAUACGAUGUAACUGCUUCAACUGCCUACAGAUCUAUUUUACCACAGCAAACUUGAAAAAAAUGGGGGGGGAGGUUUUCUCCCUAGAAAAUCAAAGUGAUAAAAAAGAAUUUUAAAAAAUCAUGCUUGCAUUGAAUGCACCUUAGAGACAAGUCUUUAGUUUUUGUAAAACUUUAGUUCUCUAAUAACUAAACCAAUAUUAGUAACCAUUUUGUUAAAUAUUUAUCCUAUGCACGCAUUAUGCUAAGACCUUUAGACAUAAAUGCCUUUUUAACAUUCAGAAGAGCCCUACAUUCACAACUUUAUGAAUAAGAAAGCUGUGAGACCAGAGAGGUUAAGUCCCUUGACCAGUUGUCAGCACAGCUUAUAAAUGGUAGUUAGGAUUCAAACCCAAUUUUUUUAUAUAUUUAAAAUUCUUCCUCUUAACACCAGACUGGAAAUCAACUCUUAUUUAAUUGGCAGUCAAACGUUUUCUUAUUGGUGGCAAUUCCCACAAGAAUAAAAAGUGUUCAACAUACCAUAUAUACAUAUAUAUGCAUAUAUGUUGUAGAUAUUUAUGUAUAUAUGUAUACAUAUAUGUAUAUAUGUUGUAGAUUUGUACUUCAGUACUUUGGGGUAUAUUACUGCUUUGAAUUAUGGUAUCUUUUAUAAGACAUUGAAAUGGUACAUUAUAGAUAAGACCAUAUAGCAGUAAAGAAAAUAAGGUUUUUCCUUUUAUUUGUGUCAAUCAGACUGUCUUGUUUGAGCUCUUGAAGAGGAGAGUGACAGGGUGGAGAUAAGCAGAGCAGGUUAUUUGGUGUGUAUUAUGCUGAAAUCUGAGUUUUUUGACAUUUCUAAGGCUAAGCAUUUAUUGAGUUUUAUGAAUAUAAAUUGGCAAGGAAAAGUAAUACCAUCUGCUCAAUAAUAAUCCUUUCUCUUAGCAAACAGUAUUUGUUUCAACUUAAGAGUAAUGAUCGUAUUUAUCAAACUUGCUAAUUGCAUGAACUAUAUAUCAAUUGUUAGGCUCAUAAAUGUGUAUAUUUAUGGUCACCAGAUACUCCUAAGGUUCCAUAUUUUCACUGUUGUAGAGUUAGCUUGCUUUUUUUCUGUUUCUCUUAUUGUCAGUGAAGACAGUCUAGUUGGUAUUUUCUGUGAUUGGAUAGCAAUAUUCUCAAGUCUAAUUGCUUACAUAGAGUACAAAUCAGGGACUUUUUCUAUUAGAUUUUAAAAAUACUUGUUCUCUAGAUUUAAACUCCACUGUUUUACUAAUGGGAAUAAGUUUUUCUUUUAUUUGCCAAAGGCUCCAUUUAUAGCUGGAGUAAUGUGUUGUUUUCUCAUUUAUAAACAUCAGCAUAAAGUAUCCACUCUAUAAAAUAUGUUACUAAUGUGAAAAUGGCCAUUUUAGUUUGCACUGAUUGUUAAAGUGAGCCAGAGGAAUCUGUUUCAUUAACUUUAAGAAAGCUGUAGUGUUCUUUUGUCUCUUUAGCCUUCCUUCUGGUUUAUUCCAAGAAUUCUCAACAGGUUACCGAAGAGCUCCAAAAUAAAGCACAAUUCUUAAAAAGUGCUUUCUAGAAGGAUCUGCCAUGGCAUUGAGGACUGGCAAGCAUCAGAAAGUAGAAAAAUGAAUAAAGAAAUUACCUCAUAUAAGAGAAUGUCAUUUUAGGUGAAACCAAAUAGGAAAAAAUAGUGUGGGUCUUUAAAAAACAUCAGUAGAUAUUUAUAACUGAAAAUACAGAUAAAAUAAAUAGGUUUUAGAAAAAUUUGGAAAAAAAUUAACAUAGCAUGCUGAAAGGUAACUUAUGCUUACCUAAUGUUAAUCUUAGAAAAAUGAUGAGAAUCUUUUGUAUGCUCUACAUUUGUAAGUAGUAAUAAUAGAUUUUGAAAUAAUUCUGUAUUAUAGAAAGUCUUUUUCUUCUUAUGUACCUGAUUCCAAAUAAGCACAUGUUUGAACACAGUUUUUUUCAUUUCAAAGAAAUGCAGUAUCUUAAUAAAUACCUAUUUACUUGAGUGAGAAACUACAUGUUUUUUGCUUCAAAUAUACAUACCAAUAAUUUGAAAGAUUACAAAAACAACAAGCUUUCUAUUCCAAAGGAAUUACGGUGACUAAAUAAUACUUUUGUGUAAUCUUAAAUACUGAAUAGUAAGCAUAUUCACUAUCCAAAAUAGCAAACUAGAACAAGAAAAGAAAUCAAAUUUGAAAAGGGAGAGGUUUCAGAUGAUCUAACCCAAAAUUUAAUGACUUUUUCAAAAGAAUAAAUUUAUAAUGUAAAAUAAGCCAAAAUGAGAUUAGUCAUAAAUUACAUAUGGUGUAUUCUUUUUCUUAUUCUCCACUCCUCAUUCCCCAUUAGGUGGCUCCUGUCCAUGGAAAAUAAUUACAUGGCACUUUUCCCAUCCUAUGCUUGUGGUGGAUAGACCUAAUUAAGAAAUUGUGCUUUUUUCUUUAGAUCUUAGAAUCCUUCUUGAAAAGGACAUCAAAGGAGCCACUAGCAACAGAUUAGAAUUGAAUUCUAAUUUGUCUCCCAAAUCUUCUGAUCAGUUCUUUUUAUACUUGCUUUUAGGAAAAUGCAUCUAUUGUGAGAAGCAAGUAACUAUGUGAUAUAAUAAGAAAUGCUCUAAAAGAAGUCAGAAUAUUAUGUCUCAGUAUCUCAAUACCAGUUCCAUCAUUAAGUAUGCAAUCUUUGACAACUUGUAACUUCUCUAGCACUCAUUUCCAAUCUAUAAAAUUAAGGAGGUUAGGGUAGACUCUCUUUUUAAAAUUCUGUCCAGUUUCAACUUAUUUUCUAUACCUUCAGUAACCCUUCAAGACUUUUCACCAUUCCCUAAAUACACUUUUUUUUUUUUUUUUUAUCUGCAACAUUUUGCACAUUCUCUUUUUUCAUCCUGGGAUGCCCUUUGUCACCUUUGCAACCUAGCAAAACCUGCACUCACCUUUCAAGGUCCCACUCAAAUAUCAACUGUUCAGCUCCAAAACUUACCCAGUUCUCUCUAACAGGUCAAAUGAGUUGUCCUCAGAUUUGUGCUUCUGAUAUAGAUCACCCUCAUUGUUUUAUAAUUAUUUAUUGAUCUGUUUUCUCCUGAAAAUCCUGUAAAGAAAAGGACUCAGACCCUUAGUAUUUGUACUCUCAGGGAGAUGGUGCUUCACCCAUAUCAACUGUUCAAUGGAAGUUUAUUGAAUUAAUAUAGUUAAAGAUCAAGAUCUGUCUUUUACAAGUUUAAAGUCUAGUGAUUGAGGAUUGUUGUUUAUGUGAUUUUUAAAUACAUGUAAUUUGGUGAAAUAUUCAGAGUAAGUUUUAUUACAUCUUUUCCAUCUAAGUAAUUCAUAACCUCUAUACAUUCUAAACCACUAGAACUACUCAGUGGGCUUUGAGAUCAGUCACCCUAAACAUAUUUCAGGUCAGUGGUUAAUACACUAACAAAGAAAGAGCUCAUGCAAAUAAGCAAGGAAAACAUUAAAGCUUCAAUGUUAAAUCAUCAGAGAUAUGUUCAGACAAUUCACAAAAGAAGAUAGAUAAAUGACAAGUUAGAAUAUUAAAAAACAUUUGAACCUCUGGCUGAGACAGAGCAAUUAGCACAUUUAACACCUCUACCUUCUGAAACCAUAGAAGGGCUUUUAAAAUUUUUCUCUACUUUUUUGUUGAAGGAUAAUUGACAUACAAUAUUAUUAGUGCCAGAUGUUCAACAUAGUAAUUUGAUAUUUAUAUACAUUACAAAAUGGUCACCACAAGAAGUCUCCCUAGCUCUGUCGCCACACAGAAUUGUUACAAUAUUAUUGACUAUAUUCCCUGUGCUGUACCUUAAAUCCUCUUGUCUUAUUUAUUUUAUAACUGGAAGAUUGUACCUCUUAAUCUCUUUACCUGUUUUACCUAUCCUCCCCUCCUUUGGCAACUACCAGUUUGUUCUCUGUAUCUGUGAGUCUGUUUCUGUUUUGCUUUGUUUGUUUGUUUUGGUUUUUUAGAUUCCACAAAUAAGUGUAAUCAUAUGGUAUUUAUCUUUCUCUGUCUUAUUUCACUUAGCAUAACGCCCUCCAGGUCUAUCCAUGUUAUUGCAGAUGGCAAGAUUUUAUUCUUUUUUAUGGCCAAGUGAUGUUCUGCUAUAUAUAUCUCUCUCACACACAUCUUCUUUAUUCAUAUAUCUAUCAAUGAACAUUUAGAUUGUUUCCAUGUCUUGGCUAUUCUAAAUAACACUGCAGGGUGCCUGGGUGGCUCAGUCUGUUAAGCAUCUGCCUUUGACUCAGGUCAUGAUCCCAGGGUUUUGGGAUCGAGGCCCGCAUCCGGUUCCCUGCUCUGAGGGAAGUCUGCUUCUCCCUCUCCCUCUGCCCCUCCCUGCCGUUCAUGCACUCUCUCUCUCAAAUAAAUCAAAUCAAAUCAAUCAAUCAAUCAGUUACACUGCAAUGAACAUAGGGUACAUAUGUCUUUUCAAAUUAGUGUGUUUGUUUUCUUCAGAUAAAUAACUGGAAGUAGAAUUGCUGGAUCGUAUCAUAGUUCUGUUUUUAAUUUUUUGAGGAACAUUCAUUCUGUUUUCCACAGUAGCUGCAUCAAUUUAUAUUUCUACCAAUAGUGCAUGAGGCUUCCCUUUUCUCUACAUCCUCGCCCACACUCCUUAUUUCUUGUCUUUUUCAUUCUAGCCAUUCUGAGUGUUGUGAAGUGUUAUCUCAUUGUGGUUUUGAUCUGUAUUUCCCUGAGGAUGAGCGAUAUGAAGCAUCUUUCCAUGUGUCUGUUGGCCAUCUGUAUG